GGCGGAGGAGCGUUGUCCGUAGAGCCUCAGCCCUGUGUCCUCGGCCACCGCCCCCGCUGCUGCUCCGUAUCCGCCCCUCGCCUGCCUUUAGAGGGUACAGGCGACAGCAGUUUCUCUAGGUGGUCAAACAGCCGCCAAACGUCUCCGUCGAGCUGCCUUUUCUAGCUGGCGGCUCUUCUGGGCUGGGUCCAGGUCGGGGGGUGGGGAAAAAUGGCGCCGGCGCCCCAAGGCGUCCGGGAGGAGCCGCUGCUGGAGUGUGGGUCCGGACUGCUUUCCCGGCUACUCUUCCUCGCCCAGGCAGUCCUCCUCCUGCUGCCGGCCGCCCGGGCAGGCCUCUGCCCCGCGCCCUGCUCCUGCCGCAUCCCUCUGUUGGAUUGCAGUCGCAGGAAACUGCCAGCGCCCGGCUGGAGGGCGCUGUCGAGCUCGCUGCCCCCCGACGCCGUCAGCCUGGAUUUGAGUCAUAAUCGGUUGUCUAACUGGAACAUCAGCUUGGAAUCUCAAACAUUACAAGAAGUGAAAAUGAAUUACAAUGAGCUAACUGAAAUUCCGUAUUUUGGAGAACCAACCACUAAUAUUACUCUUCUCUCUUUAGUCCAUAAUAUAAUCCCAGAAAUAAACGCAGAAGCGUUCCAGUUUUACCCUGCUCUCGAGAGUUUAGAUCUCAGCUCAAAUAUAAUAUCAGAAGUCAAGAUAUCUUCAUUUCCUCGAAUGCAGCUUAAAUACCUGAAUUUGAGCAAUAAUAGGAUAACCAUCUUGGAGGCUGGUUGCUUCGAUAAUUUGUCAAGUUCCUUAUUAGUGGUAAAGUUAAACAGGAACAGAAUUAGCAUGAUUCCACCCAAGAUCUUCAAGCUACCUCACCUCCAAUUCUUGGAACUUAAAAGAAACAGGAUUAAAGUUGUGGAAGGUCUCACAUUCCAAGGUCUAGACUCCUUAAGAUCUUUGAAAAUGCAGCGGAAUGGAAUUAGCAAACUCAAGGAUGGAGCGUUUUUUGGCUUGGAUAACAUGGAAGAAUUAGAACUGGAGCAUAAUAACCUUACAGAAGUGAACAAGGGGUGGUUGUAUGGCUUGCGAAUGUUACAACAGCUCUAUGUGAGCCAGAAUGCUGUUGAAAGAAUCAGCCCUGAUGCAUGGGAGUUCUGCCAAAGACUGUCUGAACUUGAUUUGUCCUAUAACCAGUUGACCCGCCUGGAUGAAUCUGCCUUUGUGGGUCUGAGCUUACUGGAGAGAUUGAACUUAGGGGACAACAGAGUCACUCACAUUGCUGAUGGUGUAUUUAGGUUUCUUUCCAAUCUUCAGACACUAAACUUAAGAAACAAUGAAAUUUCAUGGGCCAUAGAAGAUGCUAGUGAAGCCUUUGCUGGACUCACAAGUCUCACUAAAUUAAUCUUACAAGGAAAUCAGAUUAAGUCAAUUACAAAGAAAGCAUUCAUUGGUCUUGAAUCCCUUGAGCAUCUAGAUUUGAACAACAAUGCUAUAAUGUCUAUCCAAGAAAAUGCUUUUUCCCAGACUCGCUUGAAAGAACUAAUUCUGAACACAAGCAGUUUGCUCUGUGACUGCCAUUUGAAGUGGUUGCUUCGGUGGCUGGUUGAUAAUAACUUUCAACAUUCUGUGAAUGUAAGCUGUGCACACCCUGAAUGGCUAGCAGGGCAAAGCAUCCUGAAUGUGGAUCUGAAAGAUUUUGUCUGUGAUGAUUUUCUCAAGCCGCAGAUAAAAACCCAUCCCGAAACCACAGUUGCUCUAAGAAGCAUGAACGUGACUCUGACAUGCAGUGCAGUGAGCAGCAGUGAUUCACCCAUGUCUGCUGUGUGGCGCAAAGACAGUGAAAUCUUGUAUGAUGCUGAUAUUGAGAAUUUUGUUCGUUAUCAGCAACAAGCUGGAGAAGCUCUGGAAUACACUAGUGUCUUACAUCUUUUCAAUGUAAAUUUCACAGAUGAAGGAAAAUAUCAGUGUAUUAUUACUAAUCACUUUGGUUCUAACUAUUCUCAUAAAGCCAAACUGACUGUGAAUGAGAUGCCAUCUUUUCUGAAAACUCCAAUGGAUCUAACUAUUCGCACUGGUGCCAUGGCCAGAUUAGAAUGUGCUGCAGAGGGGCACCCUGCACCUCAGAUUUCCUGGCAGAAAGAUGGUGGUACUGACUUUCCUGCGGCUCGAGAGAGACGCAUGCAUGUCAUGCCUGAGGAUGAUGUCUUCUUCAUUGCAAAUGUGAAAAUAGAAGACAUGGGGAUCUAUAGCUGCAUGGCACAGAACAUAGCAGGCGGCCUCUCAGCAAAUGCUUCAUUAAUCGUGUUAGAGACACCCUCAUUUAUUAGACCUCUGGAGGACAAGACAGUAACCCGAGGUGAAACUGCAGUAUUACAGUGCAUAGCUGGAGGCAGUCCUGCCCCUCGCCUCAACUGGACCAAAGAUGAUGGACCACUGCUGGUGACAGAACGGCACUUCUUUGCUGCAGCCAACCAGCUUCUCAUCAUUGUAGAUGCUGGGCUAGAAGAUGCUGGGAAAUAUACCUGCAUUAUGUCCAACACCCUUGGGACAGAACGUGGUCACAUUUACCUAAAUGUGAUUUCAACCCCCAAUUGUGACUCUUCCCAGAGUAGCAUUGGGCAUGAAGACGAUGGGUGGACCACAGUUGGCAUUGUCAUCAUUGUUGUGGUCUGCUGUGUUGUGGGUACCUCUUUGAUCUGGGUCAUUGUUAUUUACCACAUGAGAAGGAAAAAUGAAGACUAUAGUAUCACGAACACAGACGAGCUCAAUCUGCCUGCAGACAUUCCCAGCUACUUGUCUUCCCAAGGAACACUGUCUGAGCCACAGGAAGGCUACAGCAACUCUGAGGCAGGCAGUCAUCAGCAACUUAUGCCUCCUACCAAUGGAUAUUUACACAAAGGCGCUGAUGGUGGCACUGGCACCCGGGUUAUCUGCUCAGAUUGUUAUGACAAUGCUAACAUCUACUCCCGGACCCGAGAAUACUGUCCGUACACCUAUAUUGCUGAAGAGGAUGUUCUAGAUCAGACACUGUCCAGCCUUAUGGUCCAGAUGCCCAAAGAGACUUAUUUGGCGCAUCUUCCCCAAGAUGCCACCACCCUGGAGAGCCUGGUAUCAUCAGCAGAUAGAGAGAUGUCUGCCUUUCCCACCAACCAUGAGAGGAUAAAUGAGAAGAAACUUUCCUCCACACAGAAGAGCAGUGAACCCUUGCAGCGGCCUCUGUGGAACAUAAGCAAAGAACCAGGAACAAAAAUAACUUUGGAGCCCCCCGGGAAGUGUGCCUGGGAUUCUGCAGUGGUUUUAAUCCUAUAGUUGAGAGUGGGGCUUUGAUAUUCAAGGUCUUCAACAAGAAUCCCAGACUUGACCAACUAUUACCAGGUUGAGGGUUUUGUAUUCUUGUGAAUCUCUCUCUUUCUCUCUCUCUCUCUCUUUUUUUUUGGUCCCUAUCGCCCAGGGAUCUCACUGUAUAUAUAUGUGCAUUUAUAAAUAAUUUUUGUAUUCAUUGGUCAUAUGUGUUGCAAUGUAAAUAUUUUUGAUAUGCCAAAAUUAUAUAUAAUAUUCAGUUAUAAUAUUGACAGCAGCUUCUCAGACCACAGAUUUUGUACAACUUGGUUUAGUGAAUCCAAAGACUUUGUUUAAAGAUUUAAAUACGUAUUUGUUAAGAAGUAUAAGUAUAGAAGCAGGGUACCUAGUGAUUGCGUACACACAAACACAAUCUUGGUGUAAUUAACCACUUUCUUUAUGCCUAAAGAUUUGUACAGCUAAUCAUUUGUCAUCUGUUUACAAGGGCCAGGUAAUAUAAUCUUUCAAGCAUAAAAAGGCUUUUUCAAAAGACUAGCAGUCUUGUCAUUGUCAUAUGCACAUAGAUAAAGGAAAACUUGUUUGGGGAAUAGCUUCUUUCAGCAAAGUACUUAGUUGAUGAGGAAACCAAAGAUUGCUUUUUUUUCUGUGUGUGUGUUUGUUUUUUAAAAUAAUAUCUCUUCUACCAAUGCACAGUAUGUCUUAAGAAAGGAAGACUGCUUUUGGGAGUAGAAGAACGUGCAGAAAUUCUUAUACUGUAAAGCUUUAGAGUGGUCCUUGUUUUGUACAAGUGAUUAUUUAAGCCAAAAAGUUUUCUUGAAUUUCUGAUAGCAAAAAGUUUUAUGUAAACAAAAGACUUAGUGCUCUAAUAAAGUGUAAUGGACUAAAGCUCUUCUUUCUUUCUGCUUUCAGAAAAAAAGAAAGGCUGUCAGAUUCUGUCCUCUAAAUUUAGUGAGGACUAGUUACAUACUAGAUGACUUCAACCACUUAAAUGAAAAUAAUCUAUUUCUAAGUCAUUGUGCAUUUCAAGGGUUUUAAACUCACAUAAUUUCUCAGCUCUUUGCCAGGAAGUUUAGCUGAAUUUCAUACUGUUUUUCAAUCCUAAAUUUUUCUCCCAUAGGCAGCAGCACUUUUCUAGCUGUUUUAUGCCACCAUGCCUUUGUCUUUUUCCUUUUUAAAUUGUCAGCCUCUCUUCAUUUUCACUUUGAACUCCUUAAGUAUCACUAUUUUCUUCUCCCUUCAAUAUCUGAUCCAUCUUCUUACUUACUAGGUUGCAGUAUAAUUUGUACUGGACUGACUUAGAAUCACGAAACCUGAUUUAGUUCCUAGCUCUGCUGCUUACUAGUUGUGUAAUCAAGGGCAAGUCCCUUUACAUCUCAGCCUGACUUUCUCAUUUAUGAAAUGAGGGCAUUUUACUAGAUGCUUUAAAGCUCUUUCCAGCUGUAACAUUCUAUGAAUCUGUGAUCCCUCCUGGAAUCAAGGAGGAUUAUCUACUCUAAUAAAAAGCUGCUUUCAUGAAAUAUUUUUUAGAGUAGAACAGGAGUGAUGCUGCUUACUCUGACUUGAGCCAGAUUUAUUUCCUGUCUAGCAGGAGUAAUGCUAUAAGAAAUCCUCAUGAGGAGAAGAAAUAUUCAGCUUCUAAAACAGUGUCAGUAAACAUAAAGAAUCUUGAGUAGAUUGAGAACCACCCUUUGCCCUCCAGAACACCAGGUCUGAAUGCUAGUGUUACAGCACACCAGAGUAUCAGAAUCAGUUGAGAGGUGUGCCACAACUAAUUUGUAACUAGUUUGUGACUCACUUACCUUUCUAAUGUAUUCAAGGUCAUCUCUCUAAUUAUAGUACUCUUACAUUCGGAUAGACUUUCUUUAGUGAAAAAAGUGGAGUUAGAACAAGGCUGCAAGUGAGCAUCAGCUGUUACAUGUGAGAGGACAAAAAACAGGCUGCAAACCAGUGCUCUAGAAAACUUAAAAUACGUGAUUGCUGCCUCUGCUUUAGCCAGUGGUGUCAGGCCGGUCUCCUGAAUAGCCAGGUUCUCUGUCAACUCAAAUGGUUGAGAUGUCCUCCCAGGUAUUGCUAGCUUUCCUAAAUAACUAAAAAACUUGCCUAAAAAACUAGUCAGGAAUUUGUUUAAAUGUGAAUAGCCUAUCCCUGGUCUUAAAAAAAUAGUAAAUUUAAUAAAUUCUAAUCUUAGGAGAUGGAAUUCCUGAAAUUUUUCAGUAUUGCAUAUGUAGAGCAUAUAGCAAAUGCUCUACUAUAAACUGGAUUAGUGGCUCAUCCGUGUUUCUUCCCAUCAGUGUAAUGUCUGCUUGCCACCAAUUUAAUCAAAAAUGUUGCAAAAACAAGGCAAACUAAAAUGCUGAGAGAAAUAUUGUCCCAAUUACCACUUCAUAUCAGUAGGGAUACAUAAAUUCUCUUAAUUUGUUUGUGCCCCUCUUAGACUGAUUCUGUAAGUAUACCUGGAAGAAGAAAUAACAUUGUGGUUGUACUCCAAGUCUUCCUGCCACAGAGUCUAUGCCUGACCCGUUGGCUGUCUGUCACUCAGUAACCUCUAAAGUGCUUUCCCUAGAUGUAAGUUAAUCUGUAGGAUAGGAAAUACCAGAAACCCAGCCCAGUGUGCCAUUCCCUCUAAUGUGCCAUCUUAGAAUGCUUUAAAUGUGUAUUUUCUCUGUAAGGUAACUUUCGUGUUUAAAAACAGUUGCCUUCACAUUGCCCAUUGGCAGGUUGUAAAAGAAGAAACAUUAAGAUGUUAAGCAACUUAGACUCUAUUAUCCAUUUUCCUAAGAAAAGGGAGACAUGAUAAAAGUCUUUAGUUACUUAAAGGGUUGUCAUAUGAAACAAAGAUUAGAUUCACUCUUUUUAUUCCAGCAGACAGGGGUCAUAUCAGCGGGGAAGAAGUUACAGGGAGAUGCAGUACAUGCUUGCCAAUAAUUCUAUAUAAGCUAACACUCUAACAAUUAGAUUUGUUUGACAAUUGGAAUAAUCAGCCUUUCAUGGAAAGAGUGUAUACAGAAGCUAAAUAAUCAUCUGUUAAUAACAUUGAAGAAAUUUCUGCGUUGAAAUCAAAUAUGGGCAAGAUGACUUUUAGCUCUCUUUCAGUUUUAUCAUUGGAAAUCUUCAGAAGCAAGACAGGCUUAAAACUUUGUCUUUCAGAAUUCUUUAUAUACAGUAAGUGUGGAACACUUAAAAAGUUUUUUUUUUUUUAACUGAAAGAUUAUGUUCUUUGAUUGACAAAAGGAGCCUGUUUUGUGUUAAUGGCUGAAAACAUGAAACUCUGGGUUUAUUCUUCUGAGAAAAUCUAUAAGGUUCCUAACCCAAAUGGUAUGACCAUAAUAAAAACUUUUAAAGCCUAUAAUGUAUAAUAACCUUCCCUUUUACUCUUUAAUUUUUAUUCCUGUUUCUUUGUAUCAGUGGGACUCCAUUUGGAAUGGGGUUAGAAUUGUGAUGUUCAAGUUUAUACCCAGUAUUUUACCUGAGUGUGUUAUGGCAUCUGCUUAUCAUUUUAAUAUCCACAGAAAUGCCAAAAGGGUAAUGGAGUAUCAGAGGUAAAUUGGCUGUCAUUUUAUGCUACAGCCUCCAUUUCUUACUUUGCUUCUUGAUGCAGAUUACCGAAGUAAUUGUGAAACAGUUGGACCUUAGAAAGUUGAGCUAAGAUUUUUAGGCAACCUGUAAGUAAUGUUUCAUUUUUCUCUUACGUGGUCUCUUUCCCAGUUCACUGUGGCAGAUGUUUUUCCUUCUUGCUUCUUCUAAUUUAAAACUUUUUUGUUUGGAGUACAAUCUAAGCCAACAUCAGUUAGCCUUAAUUUUCUUCCUUCCUUCCCCCCUUCCUCCCUUCCUCCCUUCCUCCUCGUUUGUUGACAAAAAUAACAUGUUCUGAAUUGAGAUAUGGUACAAGCUUCUCUUAACAAAACAACACCUGAAAGCCCACGAAUCAUCUGGAGGUUUUGUGGGUAGUAAGGGGUAGGGGGGUGUGUGUGUGCGUGCAUGCUUGGGUGAGGAGUAAUAUUUGGACCUGCUCCUUCAAGGUUGUGUGUUGAGUGUUUCUUAGCAAUCCUAAUAUCUCCACCAAUAGGUGGGGUGAAGGUGAAUAAAAAGCUUGAUUUGAGCCUGUUUUCAAAUGUAAGGAGUAGACUGAUCUUUUGUCAACUCUGUCUUUAAAGAGAAAUUGAUCAUCAAGGGGUCAAGUGCUCUUGGAAUAUCUUUUGGCUACUUAAAGUGGCCUCUUGAUCCAUUGAGAGACUACUUCUACCCUCUACUUUCCCCCUGUUCUCCCUUUUUACCCCUAUCAGAGGAUGUCAGUCUGAGCAGCCCUGGUACUAGAUGUACCUAAAGGGAGUUAUAAGCCAAGUUGUUGUGUUCAUUGUGGCCAUUUCCUAGUGUCUAUUUAUAUUUUCUCACACAUGAGAAUGUAUAUUUUAUAAAGCAUGUGUUUGUCUACUUGUUUGUCUACUGUAAUAUGUCUUCAAUAAAGCUAAAAUACAUUA